UUUCAAUUAUUAGUCAUUGUAUAAGUAAGUAACAUAUAUCGUGAUAUUUUUAAAAAUGCUAUCUGGUUUAAACUUUUAUCGAUCAUUUUAGAGAUAUACACUUUCAUUUCGAAAAUAUUGUUUUUACAACAAGACAAUUAACAAUAGGACGAUAUUGAAAGCUUAUCGUUAAACACGUCAAGUAAAAACUAGUAAAAUACAAUUUUUAUUUUUAGUAUUAUGAACAUGUACAUUGAAUGCUCAAGUCGCGAAUGUAAUCCAUCAAUUUUUCUCUCUUUUCGACGUUAUUUUUCAAUAAAACGUCAAUAUGAGAAUAGAUUUAUUGCCUUCCGUGAAAAAUGAUCUUGUUCGCGAUGUUUGAACACUUGUAUUCAAACAAAUAAUUACGCCGCGUUUUACAUAUUCCGCUAUUCUUUAAUAUUCAUUAGUGCGGAUAAAACUAACACGAUUGCAAUUUUUUUCAUACUCUUUACAUUCUUUUCUAUCGUGUUCAACCAUAUUUUUCACUUACACCAUCGAGUUCUUCGAUUCGAAAUGAAAAAAAUUUCAUGGCAAAUUUUCAUCAAACAACAAUAAUUUCUGAUUUACUUUCACGGAUUCAUCGUUACGCUUGCUCCGUUAACAUGCAAAACACAUAGUCGUUCAAGACCACGCGACGUCCUUGUAAUUACAGUCAUGUACACGAUGUUCGGCAUACGACGAUAAGAAUUUCAACCAUUCUCUUGGAACAAGAAGUUCACCGUUAAAAAGGAUUCGAAUGAGAAAGAAAAGUGUAGCGGAACGUAUACGUCGUCGAAGCAAUUGACACAUUCCACGAUAAUCCACCAAAGGAAUCCCGUGCUGGAACAAUCGAGCAUCCGUGAAUUUCAAGUUGACACGAUGUGCUGAAACUGUCGAAAAAGAGGAUUCGUUAGUGAAGGUGGAAGAAAUUUUAGUGAAAUGACCGGGUUUAGCUUUAAAAAGUUAUUGAAGGAGAAAAUUCCUAUCUUAAAAUGGUUACCGCUGUACAAAACGAAGGACGCAUUGGGUGACCUGGUUGCGGGAUUGACAGUAGGUCUGACCCUGAUACCACAGGCGAUCGCAUACGCUGGGCUGGCAGGUUUGACGCCGCAAUAUGGCCUUUACAGCGCGUUUGCUGGCAGUUUCGUUUACAUAAUUUUUGGUACCUGUCGAGAAGUCAAUAUUGGACCGACUGCAUUGAUCUCUUUGCUAACGUACACAUACGCGAGGGGUAUUCCAGAUUACGCAAUCCUCUUGUGUUUUUUAUCAGGAUGCGUCACGAUAGUUUUUGGAAUUCUUCGGCUGGGUUUCCUUGUCGAGUUCGUUUCCAUACCGGUCGUCUCUGGAUUCACGUCUGCGGCAAGCUUAAUUAUCGCCUGCAGUCAAAUAAAAAGUUUGCUGGGUAUAAAAAUACACGGGGAAAGUUUCGUUGAGAUUUGGCUGGAAUUGGCAAACAAUAUCCAUCGAACCAGAAUCCCUGACCUGAUCUUGUCUUGUUGCUGCAUUCUAAUUCUAUUGACCUUGAAGAAACUCAAGGACAUCAAAGUCUCGAAUGGAAUAUUAAGAAAAUUGAUCUGGUUCGUGGGAACUGGCAGGAAUGCUCUUGUGGUGAUUUUGUGCGCUGUCGCAUCGUACGUGUUUGAAAAUCACGGCAAAGCGCCUUUCGUUCUUACAGGCCACAUCGAUGCCGGCCUACCCACCAUCGCUCCACCAUCAUUCUCGAUCACUGUUGGAAAUCGAACCGAAACUUUCGUUGAAAUCUGCAAAAAUUUGGGUUCCGGUAUAGUGAUCGUUCCAUUGAUCUCGAUCAUCGGAAACGUAGCCAUUGCGAAAGCAUUUUCGCGAGGACAAUCGCUCGACGCCACUCAGGAAAUGUUAACUUUGGGUCUAUGUAACGUUGCUGGCUCGUUUUUCCAUUCCAUGCCAGUGACAGGCUCCUUUUCCAGAAGCGCCGUGAACAAUGCUUCCGGCGUGAGAACACCCUUGGGUGGUAUUUACACAGGUAUUCUAGUCAUUCUUGCUCUGAGCUUACUCACGCCGUACUUCUAUUAUAUUCCAAGAGCGACUUUAAGCUCCGUGAUAGUCUGUGCGGUGAUAUUCAUGAUCGAGGUAAAAAUGAUACGGCCACUUUGGAAAUGCAGCAAACGAGAUUUAAUCCCGACAUUUAUAACAUUCUUCGCAUGUUUGUUCGCCGGAGUUGAAUUAGGAAUUUUAAUAGGGGUAGCAAUUGAUCUGGCAAUAUUAGUUUAUUUCAAUGCCAGGCCGACAAUAUAUAUCGAAUACAGAAAUACUUCUACGUUAAGUUACAUCCUCGUGCGUCCCAGCGCCGGAUUACUCUUCCCAGCGGUGGACUACCUAAGGAUAUAUCUGUUAGAGAACUUAGCUAAGGAUCAUCAAAAAUUACUGAAAACUUUCAAGAACACGAAAAUCGUCGUUCUAGAUUGCAAGCACAUCGAUAAAAUUGAUUUCACUGCGGCGCGUGGAUUAAAUAUGGUUAUGAGAGAUUUCAAAGAAAAGAAUCAUUGCUUGAUCAUGUUACAACCCUCCAAGGAAGUUUUACGAAGUAUUCAAUCGCUCUCCAAAGAAACGAUUGAAGUGAUUAAUACCGAUACCGAGCUCGUAACUGCUUUGAAAGAAUUGAACACGACCAAAGCGAUCAAAAAAAUUGGUACGGAGAUAAUAGAUAUGUCGAAUGGGACAACUACCAAUGAUGUGAGAAAUGAACUUACGAGUACGAAGCUUUGAAAUCAACUAUGAAUUUACAGAACAAAAAUUUGAACGAGAUAUCAAGAAUUAGAUGUUCAAAAAAAUAUUUAAAAUUUCUAUAGAUUUCUUUUUUUUUUUUUUUAUUUCUCCUUUUUCUAAUUUUUCCCUUUUUUUUCUUUUCUUCUUUUUUUAUAUAUAUAUAUAUAAUAUCUGAAUUGAGUUGUAUUAGACUAUCAACGAUAUUGUAUAAAAUCGUAAUGAACAUUAACGCAUGUUUAUGAUGUACAUAUGAAUCGUAUGAUAAUUCGUACAUUUUUUAAACUUUUUAUAAAGAUAUAUGAAUCGACCAGCAAUGAUAUUGUUUAUCAGAAAUUACUUUUUUUUUUAUCUGUUUCAAAGAGAUUCUAUUGACACGUGCAUUUCAUAAUACAGAUGAAAGAAUAAUACUGUGGUUAUAAAUGCAUAUCAGAAUAUGUCGAAGGAUUAUAAUAUAUAUUUUUAUAUAUAUAUAUAUAUAUAUAACAUCUACCAAAUAUGGCAAGUUUACGUUUUAUUUUGUAAAAACUUGUAAGUCCUCGAAAAAUAAACUAUAUGAUAUUUCUUAACAAUAUAAGUAAUAUUUAAACAAAAAUAUAUAUAUUAUAUAAAACUCUUUGCCUUCAAAUGACACAGAAAAAAACGACGAAGUAAAAAAACUAUGAAUCGAUAUUAGGUCGUGAAAAUUAAAUUAUUUAACAUUGUAAUCAAUUAAAGUCUAAAUCAUCAUUAUAACUAUUAUUGUAUACGUAUACGGAAUUUAAUUUAAUAGAAAAAUAAAGAAAUAAAAUUGUUUAUAAUGUGAA